UCAAAGGCAACCCAAAACACCUGAAUUAAAGUGAGGGUAUGUAGUAACACGCAUGUUUGCAUGCCUGCUACUUGCCUCUAUAAAAUCGUAAGCUUUUGGUGUUAGAAAAUAGAAUCAACCAACUGUCUUGGUCUAAAACACUCUAGCGAGUUGGGCAGUAACAGUAUGACUCCCUUUUAUUUCACCCUCGCAUGUAUGGUUCUUCUCCUCUCUCUCAAGUUCCUCAUCCAAACCAGAAGAUACAAAAACCUCCCUCCAGGGCCACCUUCUAUUCCCUUCAUCGGAAACCUCCACCAACUCCCCAAGCCUUUCCACCGCACAUUCCAUGCCAUGUCACAAAAAUAUGGCCAUGUCUUCUCUCUCCGCUUUGGCUCCCGUCUAGUUGUCGUCGUUUCGUCACACCAAGCGGCGCAAGAAUGCUUCACCAAAAACGACAUCGUCUUCGCGAACCGGCCCAAGUUUAUCGCGGGAAAGUACAUCAACUACAACUUCACCACCAUGGCGUCGUCCGACUACGGCGACCACUGGCGCAACCUCCGCCGCAUUAUGACGCUCGAGGUUCUCUCAACGCACCGUUUAAACUCCUUCUCGGAUGUCCGAAGGGACGAGGCCAUGAGGCUCGUGCGAAAGCUAGCUCAGCGCUCGCGCAACGGUUUCGCCAAAGUGGAACUAAAAUCCAUGUUUUCGGAAAUGAUGUUUAACACCGUGUUGAGGAUGGUGUCGGGGAAGAGGUACUAUGGCAAGGACUGUGAGAUGAGUAACGUGGAGGAAGCAAAACAGUUUAGAGAGUUGAUUGAAGAAUUGUUUGCGUUAGUGACCCCGAGCAACCGUGGAGACUUUCUGCCUUUGGUGAGGUUGUUUGAUUUGGAUGGUUUCGAGAAGAAGCUGAAGAGUCUUAGUAAGAGAAGCGAUGCUUUCUUACAAGGACUCAUUGACCAGCAUCGUAAUGGGAAACACAGUGCUAAUACAUUCAUAGACUAUCUCCUAACUCAACAACGAUCACAACCUGAAUACUACACGGAUCAAAUCAUCAAAGGAAUUGCUCUGAAUAUGAUAAUGGCUGGAACAGACACGUCAGCCAUAACUUUGGAAUGGGCAAUGUCUAAUUUAUUAAAUCAUCCAGAAAUAUUGAAAAAGGCAAAAAAUGAAUUAGACAGUCACGUAGGACAAAAUCGCCUAGUUGAUGAGGAUGAUAUUUCCAAACUCCACUAUGUUCAAUGCAUUAUAUAUGAGACACUUCGGUUACAUCCUCCUGGUCCAUUAUUAUUACCCCAUGUGUCUUCAAAAGAUUGUGCAAUUGGAGAAUAUGAUAUCCCACAAAACACAAUUUUGUUGGUGAAUACAUGGACUAUUCAUAAAGAUCCAAAGUUAUGGAAUGACCCUACACAAUUUAAGCCAGAGCGAUUUGAGAAAGAAAAUGAAGCAAACAAAUUACUUGCAUUUGGGUUAGGAAGGAGGUCUUGUCCCGGAGAAAACAUGGCACACCGCUUAAUGAAUUUAGCUUUAGCCUUAUUAAUUCAAUGUUUUGAGUGGAAAAGGAUCAACGAAGAAGAAAUUGAUAUGACUGAAGGAAAAGAAUCUAUGUUGAAAAGAAAGUAUGCAUUGGAAGCUAUGUGUCGUGUGAGUCAAUUCAUGACAAUCAAGGAUAUGUUUUAACUUCUAAUAUUGUUAAAAGCAUACACAUGUUAUAAUGUUACUGAAUAAGUUAUGCAAAUAUAAAUAUAUAUGUAAUUGUAGAUUUGAAUGCCUUGCUAAGCCAAGGCGAUGUACUUGCAAAAGAUACUUUAUUAACACUCAAGUAAGUAAUUUACUUGAUUUAAAUAAAUUCGAAUAUAUUAUAAACAA